UACUGAGCUAAAUGCGUAUGCUUGGGCAUAUGACGUAGAUUUAACUGAGAAGUGGCUAUUAUUGGCCACGUUUGCACCGUAUACUUAGGCCGCGGCCUAUACCUCAAAUUCGACCUAAAUUAUUUAGGCCGUCUGCUGUAAAUACUUGGUAGAUCACCUCAUCUAGCUUUAGGUCAAGUCUCGAAUUUUAGUGACCUGACCUAAAAUAGGACGUAUGCUUUUUCGGUGUAAACACGCAACGCGACCUAAGAACUCGACCUAAAGUGCAUUGAAGUUGAUAUUGGUGUGUAAAGAUUUGUUUGUGCAUAAAGAAAAACAAAUACAUAAAAUGUCUUGCAGCGGCGGUUCUCAACAAGAUGAAAGUUUCUGUGAAAAGAAACGUAAAGGCUCUAAUUGGACUGUAGAGGAAACAAGAACUUUUAUUGCUGUUUGUAUUGAAAAGAGGAUAAUGCAAAUGAUGGAUGGAAAACGCUUUGAGCACAUAGAUAUUUAUAACUCAUUAGAGUCUUCGAUGAAGGAGAUGGGUUUUAUAAAAAAUGGUGCUCAAAUGAAAAUAAAAUUAAAAUAUCUAAAAGAAAUGUAUCUUAAGUGUAAAAGAAAUAAUAAUGUCAGUGGUGCUGCUCGUCAAACGUUUCUUUUUUAUGAUGAAAUGGAACAACUACUUGGCGGAAGGCCAUCAGCCCAAGCUAAUGAAGAUACUGGUAUAGAUUCAAGCAAUAUUGUUCGAGAAGAAAAUGAGGAAGAAAUAUUUGAAGUUGAAGAUGAUGUGAAUGCUGUAGCAAAUGAAAUAGAGAAUAGUGAAAAUAUACCUAUGAUGAAUAAUAUUCCAUCCUCAAAAAAACGAAAAACAGGUCGCAACACAAACAUGAAACUGGCAGAGAAUUUUACUGAAGUUUUUGCAAAAAGACAGGCGGAAGAAAUGCACAGAGUUAUGACAGAUCAAAUGUGUAUAUUUGAUGAAACUAUAAAUAAACAAAUAGAGAAUCAAUGUCAAUGGGAAAAAGAGAUGAUGGAAAAAGAACACGAACAUCAAAUUAUGAUGUUUGACAACUUCUUAAAAGUAUUAGGAGCAACGCAAACUGCCAACAUCCAAUAUCCUCAGUUUUCACAAAUUCCAGUGCGUACAUUUUCAACUGCUCAACAUUUGUAUCCGUCACAAUUGUCACCAUCUUCGUUAUCACGCUCACCAACACCAUCCUCACCUUUUACAAUAAUUCCUUCUCCGUUAUCAUCGCCAACUUCCAUAUAUUUUCAAGAAACAAAUGUAUCAGUGCAUUCACCAGGAUCGUCAAGCUCAUCUUCAUAUGAUGCAGAUAAUAAUAACAAAAGGAAACAUACAUAACUUAAAUAUACAUUACAUAUAAAUAUAAAUAUUUUAUUUCUGUUUCUUACAUUUAUAAGUGUUUAUUUAUAAGUGUUAUGUACUAUAUACUAUUUAUAAGUGUUAUG